AUUGAAGAAAAGAGUAUCGUUCAGAAAUUCUGAAUAUUAUGGAAUAUCACGAAACUGCGAGAAUAUUGCGUAUUACGUAACACAGGAAAGAAAGAUAAAUAAACACGUGUGCAUGUGGCGUCGUGUGAGUCACCGCGUGUAAAGAUAGUUGGUGUCGAUAACGAAAGUAAGACGCAAUACGCGCGCCUGCUUUUCACGAUAAUUUGCAACGGAAGAGGACAAAGCGUCUGAUUCAUUUUGUAAAGCAAAGUGAACAAACGCAAUUGUUUUCAGACUGCUUUAUCUAUCGUUAUUAAUCUUUCCGAAUAAAGCAUAUUUCAAAACGGAAAUAAAGUCAAAUGAUUAUGAAUAAGUUCCAAGUACAAUUAAUAUUUUACAUUGUUGAAAUUAUCGGAGACAAAAAUUACAUAUUAUUUAUCAUUUCUAUAUCGUCCUGAACACUAUCACACGAAUAUGAUUAAGUUAUUUGCGUUUAAUAUUCAAAUUUGAAAUAAAUUUAAGACAUUCGACUAACUUCACGUAGAGCUUUCGGUGUGAUAUCUCCCCGCGAGACAAAGGAAUUGCGUCAUUUUUGCUCAAGAAUAAUAAUGAUAGUAGAUUUUGAAGCUAAGCGAACGAGGUAAGAAAGAAAUAUUCUAAACACGAUAUCGCGUUGCUCUGAUUUUUCCAUUGUCGUUAUAUUUUUCCGAAUAUAUACAAUGGAAUAUAUUUGAAAACUAAUAAAAUAUCGUUAAGAACAAUUUCUGUAAACAAAUUUUAAUUUGAGACAAAAAUUACAAAUUAUUUGUAAUUUCUAUGUCAUCUUGAAAAUUGUUAAACUCGAAUGCGAUUGAAAUACUUACGUUUAAGAUUUAACUAUCUCCAGUGAGAAAUGACAAUGGAAACGACAUCGAACUAAUUCGCCUAUCGAAAGGCGAAUUUUUUACAUUCAUCGAUUAAUCAAUCGCAUUAUGUAUAAAUGCAGUUUUUACACAGUAAAAUUUUUGCGCAUAAUGUGAUUAAUCAAUCGACGAUUUAAAAAAGUCGCCUGAAAUUAUCGAUUCAGCAUCAUUUUGAUAUCGAUUCGAUGGAUCAACUCUCGGAUAACUUCACGUGCAACAGUCUUCGGCAUCGGCGUGAAGUUAUCGAAGUGAGUGCGUUCGUGAUUCACUCGUAUUGCGUCGUUGCGAGGAGAAAGCGAGAUAAAGGCCAAUCUUUACGCGAUUGCAGAACGGCCUUCAAGAAAAUCACGUCAUUUUUGCGCAGUUGAUUCCCCAUGAAAAAGGAGAAAAAAAGGAAAUGCCUUCUCUCGCGCAACUUUGUGCAACUGCGCAGUAUCUGCGCGUCAAGGUGGUAACCUUCGCGGUGUCGAUACGCUGAUAACAUAUCGAGAAGUUUCUUUUCGACCUGUCUUUUUCGUAAAAUUAUGCAAUUCCUGUUGUGGACUCUGAUUAUCUCUAUCAGCUGUGGAGAGAGAAAUAAAUCGUGAAGCAAACAAGAUAUUUCCCCAAACGUAGAGUAUUCGGCUUUUUGGACGAAUUCUGAACCUUUUUAUAAAGAAAUGACAACGAUGGGAAUCUUAUGAAUGGUGGCAACCAUGUAAAAGUUCUCAAGGCUGAAAGUAACUGGGCAGAUGAAACUACUCGGCAACAUUGUGAGAGCACGCAUCGUAAUCUUUUGUGAUGCGUUGCUGAGAACAACGAAUAAUAGCAUUAGUGCAAAUAGAAGUGAAACUGUCGAUCCGAUUUUAAAAGCAUCGAAUAAGGAAAUUCAAUAAUGACUUCAUUACCUUUUCGCUACACAAAAGAUUACGUCAAUCGUCUUACGAUAAACCAAAGGAUAUUCUACGAGAAGAAUGGAUAUUUAGUGUUUCCUCGUCUCAUACCGCAAGAUGUGCUUGACAAAUGUCACGAAAGAUUUGACGAAAUCGCCGAAGGCAAGGUUUCGCGAGAUGGAAUGAUAGUAAUGUACGAUGUGAAAGAUAGAAAAUCGAUAAAUAAAAUACAGGAUAUACAUAUAGAUCCAGUCUUCCGUCAAUAUUAUAUUGAAAACGAGAAGAUCAUUGACAUAGUCGAGUGCUUCACGGGACCAAACAUUAUGGCGAUACACAAUAUGCUCAUUGCUAAGCCACCCGACAUUGGAUUUGGAACUUCAAGGCACCCACCACAUCAAGACAUGUAUUAUUUUCCGUUUCGACCAGCUAAUAAUAUAGUAGCUGCGUGGACAGCCAUGGAACCUUGCGAUAGCGAAAAUGGAUGUCUCUUUGUAGCACCUGGAUCACACACUUUAGGACACAUGUUCCCGCAUAAUUAUCCUCCAAAGACAGAAGGAAUGGUGAACAAGUUUUAUCAUGGCAUACACGAAUUGCCUUCAAUGUUUAAUCGUUGGGUGAAUCUCGAGAUGCAGCCCGGCGACACGGUAUUUUUCCAUCCGUUGCUUAUUCAUGGAUCUGGCAUUAACAAAUCAAAAAGAACGAGACGAGCAAUUUCCUGCCAUUACGCAGCAGCAGAUUGUAACAUUAUCGAUGACGACCCGCUUCAAGACACCAUCAGGAAUGAAAUUUUGGAGCUAGCGAAGAAAAAGUAUCCCAAUAUAAAUGUGACAUACCCGGACAUAUGGCGCUUCAAGUCCUUACUCGUGCGCGGUAUUCAAUCCUCUUUAUAA